AUGGAUGCAGACUCUGGCGCAAGGGAAAGUUUCUGCACCCCAUUUCAGAUUCCGCUCACGAGCAGGAAGAUUUUCCGCCAGCACCCCUGUGACAGCUCAAACCUCCAAGAGACAGCUGGCCUCUCAGAAGCGGUCUCCCUGCCAAGAAUUCGAGUCCUGGUCAGGAGCGUGCUCGUGAAGGGGACCGUGAGGGGGCAGCGCAUCUUCCGAAGGAACGCGGGGAGCGUGUGCCAGCUGGCAAGGGAGGCGUGCGGGCCAAAAGGCUUCCUUCGGACGAAGGGAGCCUGGGACAGGGCUCUGAAGGCUGCCAUGAGCGGCCUGGAGGGGUGGGUCGGUGUCCCAGAAUCGGCUCUGCUUGGGGGCUUCCGUCAAGACGUCGUCUCGACGGCUGCAGCGCACGUGGAGGGGCUGAAGCAGCGGGGUAGGGAGGGUACGUCGGGUGGGAUCCGGGGCAGGGUUCAGGCUGUCCGCAGAGUUAAACGCCCGAGCCGAAUCCCCUCAAAACGCGGGGGCCACCGCACCGAUCAGCCGGGGAAACAGUCAGACCUACACGCUCUUCUCUGCCACCGGUGCGGCGCAACUGCAGAGUUUGGAGUUCGAGGUGGCAAGGAAGGAGGGGAGGUCAAGUACUUUUGCACAGGGCAUGUCCACACAACCGGUUGUUUCCGCAUCGACGGAAACCGUGGAGAUUGGGCCGAGGACCGAGAGAUGCGUUGGUUGAGAGCAGAGGAGAGAAGGUUGGAAGAGGAGCUCCGAAGUCUGGGAGGGACCUCGUUUGCUGCGGAACCAGCGGGAGCUAUGCUGCUAACGACCGGUGGCAUUGAGAGCAACCCCGGACCGCUCUCAAUGGAAGAGAUUUGCAAAAGGAGUUGGGAGGAAGCUGGCUCGCCAAUCAGCUCCACGCUGCUGGCUUACCUGGCAGAGCAUGAGCUCAACUUCGCACACUGGAGGAAUCUGCCUUAUGACCGACGCGUGAACCAGGUGAAGACCUUGAAGGACGCGUACGAAGGGAGAUGUUUAGAGGGCUGGACUACGUUCCUUGAACAGGCUGGACUUGAACAGGCUGGAGGGGCUGGUCCAUCAACAUCCGGCGAUUCAGGAAAGCGGCAGCUGCAAGGGGUUCGACAGCGGAUUAGCGGGACUACAGGGAUUAGCGGAACUGGGCAAUGGUCGUCAGCUAUCGCAGACAAAGUUCGCCACGCGCUCGACCCUAUGUUCAGCCUGCUCAACGACGAAGGCAAUCUGCAGAUCCCCUGCUGGACGCCUCCCGCCGAUCAUCCCCAGAUGGCACACAUCAGUGGCCUGGCCAUCCCGCAGUGGCGCGGCGAGCCCUCCCUCCUGCUCCAUGCGCUACCCGAGAAGGAGAAGGGCCGGAGCGCGGCUGAUCGACUCAUAGAAUUCAUCAUUGCCACAAGAGUUCGAUACGGAGGCCAGCAAACGCAGCUGGGCCGCGCCACCUUUGGUCUCGGUGUGUCCGGGUGCGGGAAGACGCGAACUGCGCUGGAGGCUCUGUGCGCCAUGUUCGGCUUCUAUCUGAGCUUCUCAACAACUGAGGAGCCGGGGUCAAACGUUCUUGCGGCUGCGGUAGCGCGCUUCAGGCUGAGGUUCGAGAAUCAGUUGACCGACUUCUUACGCACGAAGGAGGGUCUAGGAAGCUAUCGCAAUGGAAGGCUUGAUGACGCCAAAAAGCUGGUGGUCAGAAUUCUGCUGGUGGAGGUCCUGUGCCUGGAGAGGUUCCUCAAGGAGUACGGACAAGCGACCCCCAAGAAGUACCUCAUGAUGCAGCUGAUCGGCUUGGGCGAACUGGAAGAUUGGUUGGUUGACGCGUGGAGCUGCGUCUUUGACGUCUCGCUGGAGGAGCUGAUGAUGGAGUUGCGGCGCGCGGUCAACAGUGUCAAGCGACUGAGGCAACAAGACUUCCUGCUAGUGGUGGUAGAUGAGGCGCACCUGGGUUUGAAGAGCCUAGAAGACCACUUCCCAAAUGCGGAUAACACUGAAGGACGGCCGCUGCUCAAUGCGUGGGUCCGGAUUCUGAACGAUCGUGCGUUCAAGGACUUCCACUUCCUCUUCACAGGCACGCGCCUGGGCAUUGCAGAGCACGAAUCGCUUGCUACCGCCAUCGGGAAAGGGCCCGGAGUCCCAGUAAUCUUCUCCGACUACGGCAUCAACUUCGCAUCACAGGCGCGGAGCUUUGCUUUGGAGUACGUUCCUGGUGACGACUGCGAAGAGGGUCUUUGGGAGCUGGUCGCUGGACGGUACAGGUUUGUCGUGGAGCUGACACGGCGGCGGUUAAAGAGCGGCUGGCAUGUCGAUUGGAAGCAUGCCCUACAGUAUCUGCGGGAGCACCACACGGCGGAGAAUGAGGAUGGGGAGUCGUCUCAGAGAACUCUGAUAGGGCGCAUGAUUGCGCUGCAGAGCUCCAAGUCGUACGAGCACAUUCUCAGGUCGCUGAAGGGGCUCGUGACGGAUCGGUACAUCAUGGGUGUGGCUCGACCCCAGUACCGCAAGCAGGUCGACCUGGUGGAGCUUGGGUUUUGCCACCUGGUCCGAGACGAGGAGGACAAGGGGGGCGAGGAGGGGUGGCGGGGGCGGUGGGUGCAAGACGACGAGGUGGAGCGGCUCAUGUUGAAGGUGGACCUUCCUUCCCCGGCCGGGCUUUUGUGGGAUAUCUACAUGCCCACGGCGCUCAAGGACUUCUUCAACCCGGACAAGAUCCUCGCGGAUCACCCCAUCCUGUCUAGCAUUAGGAACAGUCUGCCGGCGUCCUUCUUUACCCGCCCCCAGAUCGUGUGCCUGACAGAAGACGGCACAGUGAGCAAGGUUACCGAUGUAGAAGCUUUCCGAGUGAGACGCGGGAACAAGGGGUUUGGGCUCGUCGAUUUCGCUGAAGAUCCCCGGGGCAUCAGCUUCUUCCUGCCACAAGAAGGGGCGGGGCCAGAUGAUGCCAACUUCGUGCAGCUUGGGAAUGGAGAACCAGAAAUCUGGUUCAACAUUCUGCAAGCAAAGCUCCGGCCGGAGUACGAAUUAGAAGAUGCGCUGAGGACUGUCACAUUGGAUCUGAUGUACUCGGGGCAUCCAUGUCGUCAGGAGUUGCUGGUCAGGCUGAAAACGGGGCUCGAACAGAAGGGGGUCAAAGGGAUAAUCCGGAUAGUGGCCGCUUUCCCGAGUUUUAAGACAGCUACAACAGAGGUGUUCCACCCAGAGGAGUCUAAGACGCGCAAGGAUGACAUGUGCAUAGUUCAGAUCGGCGUGUCAGCGGAGAACGCCCACCACUUCUUCAGGGAGGACCAUUUGAACGUUCUUAAAAGCCUGAAGGAUGUCAAAAAGAGAGCUCAUAGCGAGAUUGAGUAG